UCUCCCCCUCCCUCCCAUUCCAAGCCCUGCUCAGCUGAGCUUUGACAGUUGCUUGCUGCAGCCCCCAAAUGCUGGGUUUUCUGCCAGUCGAAUUCCGUCACGGACCAGGAGGAAUCUUGCGGGAUCUGCUCAUUCCUCGCCACGAGCCUGGAGGUGGCAACUGCUGAGAGAGAGGGAGCCCGGGAGCCGAGGGGGGAGAAACUGCUUGGGGAGGCAGAGCGGAAAGUUGCUGCCAAGAAAAGGUGGCGCUUUGGAGGGUCACAGGGAUGCACCCUGAAUCGCUGAAGAUUUCGUGGGGAGCCCUUGUCCUGCUCUGGCUGCUGCAGGAGGAGGCUGUGGGGUCAGCAAAGGAGAGGCGAGCAGCAGCUUGGACCCAGAGAGAUGUCUCCACGGUUGGGAUAGAACCUCAUUCCUGGGAGCGAAAGACGCGGGAAACCUCGCCAACACACACGAGGACUCGGAUCAGCGAAGAUUUAAUUGGCGGGAGCCUGUCUAUUGACACUUUGACCGACAAUGAAACACAGAUUGUGGAAGACAACCACAGCUACUAUAUAUCUCGAAUGUACGGUCCGAGUGAAGCGCGAGCCAAGGAACUUUGGGUAGAAGUUACAGCAGCCAACAGGAGCCAAGUCAAAGUCCAUGGAAUCCUCUCCAAUACGCACAGGCAAGCCUCGAGAGUCAUCCUAUCAUUUGACUUCCCCUUCUAUGGGCAUUACCUGCGGCAAGUCACCAUAGCAACUGGAGGCUUCAUCUUCAUGGGGGACGUCAUUCAUCGGAUGCUGACAGCAACGCAGUACGUUGCUCCUCUCAUGGCAAACUUCAACCCCAGCUACUCCCGAAAUUCCACCGUCAAAUACUUUGACAACGGGACAGUCUUUGUGGUUCAGUGGGACCAAGUGUACCUGGAAGGAAAAGAAGACAGAGGCUCGUUUGACUUCCAGGCAGCUUUGCACAGUGAUGGCAGAAUAGUCUUUGGCUACAAAGAGAUCCCUAUGUCUGUCCUGGAGAUUAGUUCUACACAACAUCCUGUCAAAGCUGGACUCUCAGACGCUUUCAUGAUCCGUAAAUCCUCCCCUGGCGUGCCUGAAGCUCACCGUCGGACCAUCUACGAAUAUCACCGAGUGGAGCUGGACACCAGCAAGAUCACUAGCGCAUCGGCUGUGGAGUUUGUGCCCUUGCCCACUUGCCUCCAGCACCAGAGCUGCGAAGUUUGCACGACAUCUGACCUAACCUUCAACUGCAGCUGGUGUCACGUCCUGCAGAGGUGUUCCAGUGGAUUUGACCGACACCGUGAAGAGUGGUUGGAGUAUGGCUGUGACCAAGAGUUAGAAGAGAAGACCUGUGCCGACUUUGAAGAUGAUGAACAUUACUACUCAACACCUCCCAGCGACAGUCCCUUCACAGCACUCAGAGAAGACAUCACCACUUCUUCUUCCCGCUUUGUCGACAGCCUGACUACAGAAGAUGAUACAAAGUUGAACCAAAAUCCAGAAGACGGUUUGAGAGACGACUUCCCUGCAAAAAAAGUAGAAUCCCAGCUCCAUACAGGAACCAUCGUUGGAAUUGUGCUGGCAGUCCUGCUCAUAGCAGCCAUUAUUCUUGCUGGGAUCUACAUCAGAAGCAACCCUACAUCUCAUGCUGCUUUGUUCUUCAUUAAGCGGAGGCCACACCAAUGGCCUGCCAUGAAGUUCAGAAACUACACCGAAGUGGAGCCAUCUGGCCACGAGAAGGAGGGUUUCGUCGAAGCGGAUCAAUGCUGAAGAAUGCGUCGUCUUCUUUUUAAAUUGCUCUCGCACCUUUAAAACGUCACCUCCCGUUUCCUGUUUGUUUCACGAUGAGCACAACUGAAGAAAUAGCAAAAAGGGGAAAGUGAGGAAGUAAACACCUAAAGAGCCCCAAAAAAGAAUUGAAAUGGAUACAGGAGGACCCAAAAGGCAUACAGAUUUAGCAUGUGGCCUCUGGGUGGUUUAGCGGGGAAAGUUACAAUGGAGUCAAAGCUUUUAUUGCAGAGGAGCCCACUUCAUAUCGGCUGUUUUCAGGUGUAGCCAUCCACAACUGAUUUCAGUGACAGGGAAAAGAAUCCUGCACCACUCUUCCUGCUUUUCUCAGGCACCUGAGACAUAUGGUAAAAAAUAUGCUUGUGUGUUAUGGAGGGUUUUACGCAUAAUUUUUUUAAGCCCCCAAACGGUAGGAAAACAAAUACAUUAAACUGUCCAAAGAAAGGUUAGGAUAGGGGGAAAUCUAGGCUUCUGGUGGGAGAGAUUGAAGUUUGCCUUCUGAAUAAACCCUUGAAAGAUGCUUACGGAUUAUAGUUAUCAUGGGACAAGUUGGUCUGACUCAAAUAUCUCAGUGUCAUUGCAGCACUUACUGAAUGCAGCGCCUGACAUUUGUGGCUUGUGGGGAGCUUAAUCUGUGCCUGAAAUGCCACCUUCAUAUUUAUCUGUAAUGACGGUAUAAAUUUGAGCCACAAGAAAGAAAGCAUUAAUUAAGGAGGCCUUGCAAUUGACAGUAAUCACCCCAGCCGGAGGAUAAAAUAUGUAACAAACUUGGCCUCAGACCCUGAAAACAAUAAUAUGGUUUGUCUUAUUUCUGCUGUGAAUUACCAGCUUCACCUCACAAUUGGCUAUAUGACUUAGCUUUCCUUUUCUGGGUGUUU